AUGUCCCAGCAAAAUGGGGUUUCUUCAUCCCUCGCUUCUAUAGAAGCAGCGCCACCAAGCGGAACUGUGACCCCAAGCACUGCUAGUGCGCAGUCGCACCCAUCGGCCUUGUCCAACACAUCGUCGACUCGAACACUGCAGGCCUCAAAUUUCAGUCGAUCCGGUACUCCGUCUGGUAGGGUCCAUAUUCCAAAACUUUCGGCAGCUACGACGGAGCUCCUUGCACGGUUCGCCCGAGAUAUCAAAGGACCACGGCGGCAAGUGCUGCCAAGAGAUGAUCAGGCAUCUGUCAGCUACAGUCCUUUCUCUCCAAACUCGGUUUGCAAUAACCAAAAUACCAACUCUCGGAAUAUAGACACAAUGAGGGCUUCUUCAACUCUCAUCGAGCUACCAACAGCUCCCUUCGUGUACCCGACCAGGGUGGAGGCGCCAGCUGUGGCCCCAAAUCCUGCGUCUGCGCCUACUCCGUCCUCCAACGGUAUUAAUGGGUCGCCUACCAUACCAAAUGGCUUGACUCAUAUCGCACCAAAGCCAGCGGCAACACCUUCAACAUCUUCAAUAUUGACGCCAACACCGGCUGGGCCAACGGUGCCAAACCGCGUGCAGUCAUCGCCAGGGCAUCAGCCACAAUCAUCUAACGGCAUUAACGGAACCCCCGGGAAGAUUCAUAGCCCAAUCAAUAUUGCUCCUAAGCCAGUCACAGCAUAUUCCGCAUCGACGUCGGUACUGCCUAGCCCGCAAGUCCUAGGCCCUACACGGACGUUAUCAGAACAUCAAUCACCAUCUUCCACCAGCAUUAAUGGAAACUCAGCGAGACCUUAUGGAUCAAUCAAUAUCAUUCCUAGGCCAGCAGCUACUGACUCAAUAUCAACACGAACACCGACUGGGCCGCAGGCAGCAGGCCAUACACGGCCACCGUCAGAACAUCCAUCAUCCUCCGCCAGCAUUAACGGGACACCUGCAAGACCCCAUGGCUGGAUUAAUAUAAACUCUGGGCCUGCUGUUUCCAGUUCGGCAUUAAUAUCGGCAUCAGAUAGCCCGCGAGCUCCAACAGAUAUUCAAACAUCGUCAAAACGUCGGCCACCACUUCCACCAGCAGCAUCCUCAACAGCAUUAGCGCCACUAGCUCCAGCUCCCACAAUUUCAAAUAUCUCUGAUAGGUCGCUAACAAAACCCCCAGCGACUAUACCAGUCAAGGAUACAUCUCACUCCCGCCAACGACGAAGUGCUGGAAGUAGGAAAAGUGGAUCCAAAAAGCGCAAGCGUGGCCAUGACAGCGACGGUGAGGAUAUCAUUCGAGCGGCCGACUCUAGCUCAGAUGAAUCAAACAUUACCUCAAUCGUAACGCAAACGAAAUCCGGCCGACAAGUGAACAAGCCUUCGCUAUAUGUUCCUUCACCUCUCUCGCCAGCUAUCCCCAGGGAAUCGCAUAAUUUUCAUGGGUCCUCUGACAGAUCCCAGGAGGCCGUCAAGCCACGAAAACGUGCUCCCAAAAAAGGGAAGAACACGAAUGUUAUAUGUAUGUAUUGCCAGCGUGGCCACAGCCCACCAAGCAACGCUAUUGUGUUCUGCGAUAAGUGCAGUCGCGCUUGGCAUCAACACUGCCAUGAUCCACCCAUCGAAAAUGAGGUGGUCACGGUGAAGGAGAAAGAAUGGCUCUGCCGAGAAUGCAAGCCCGUGAAGAUUACCAUACUCCAUCCAACUGUUGUCCGGAGUCAUCCAACCCUUAAUGCCGGGCCUCCCGUUAAUCCUCCAUUGGUGAUACCCAGGGCUGAAGUAGGAGGAGAGCAGUUCCCUACGAACGACCGGCGGCAGUUUUUGUCAAGCUUAUCACAUGCCGCACUUGUCGAGUUUCUUCUUGCCAUAUCAGAUAAACACCCGACUAUACCCAUGUUCCCUGAGAACAUGGAGUCAUUGCCAUCAUCAAACUUUGCAUCAUCCCAAUCUGUGACCACAGCGGGCUCUUCUCAACCAAAUAGCUCCAUUUCAGCUAACAAUCCAGUCCCUUCAACCUCCACGCAGUCCAAACCAGCUGUUGGGGGAGAGAAGAAUGGCCAGCCAAAUACGACCUCAGAGCGCACCCACAAGGGACGUUACUACGAAUCAUCGGACGAGGACUCUGAGUACGAGUUUCAGGAACACCGCCUCUACCCGCGAGCCGGGAACGGAGUUCGUCUUUCCACAAACCAAGAAGACCUCGAUAUUUUACAGGAGGACCCGGCUUGUACCACGUUCAGCUAUGCAUUGCACAGGGCUCCGCCCACUAUCACGGGGAAUGUGCGUGCUUAA